GGCGACAACUUCGAUGCCGACACGCUGCUGGCCAUAAACGCCAUCUCGUACGCGACCCACUCCCAACCUGCUGCUGCUCCACCUCCCGCUUUGACGCUUGCAGCCCCAGACGCGGCGCUCGAACAACAUCCACCUUUUGAGACUGCGCCGUCCCUGGCGCAGGAUACCCAGCCCGCUCCGCCGCCAGACUCGCUUCGCGUCGACGCCCCCAACGCCAACCCCGCUGUGCGACUGUCGCAAAUCCUCGCCGUCGCAGCCAUGGACGGCCCCACGUCGCCGGCCGGCAUCAACCCGCGACAGAGGUACAGCGACGAGACAAAGGAGAGCAAAGUCUUGAAAAAGAAGAGCGGUUUCUCGAGCCUGGUAUCGAGCUUAGUAGGCACGCCGCGGAAACCCACCAUAUCAGCACCAGAAAACCCUGUGCACGUCACGCACGUUGGCUAUGAUCAAGAGACUGGAGAGUUCACGGGCCUUCCCAAAGAAUGGCAGAGGACACUGCAGGCCAAUGGCAUCAGCGAACAGGAACAGAAGAAGAAUCCCCAGGCCAUCAUUGAUGUAGUCACCUUCUUCAACGAGAACAACGAUAAUGGCAGCGAUGACUGGACAUACCACAAGUUCGACCAUGCAAAGCCGCAGGACAGUCCGCAGAGCUAUCAGUCCAGCCUGAGUCCAGGAGGAGGGUAUGUCACGAGCCCGCCCGCAAGCCCUAGGUUCCCCAAAAACGAAGGCGAGAGCUUCGAAAACCCCAGAGCACCACCACCCGUACCGCGCGGGACAAGUCAAGGCUAUGGCAUGAGCUCACCAAUCAGUCCCCAGAUGAACGGUAACCUGGUGCCCUUGCGGCCUGCACCUCGCCCGCCUGGCAGCCAGUCUACCACAAUGGUUCCGCAAAGACCAGCACCUCCUGUUCCGAGCCCUCAACGAGAGCACCCCAGACUUGACGAUGGCCUACCCGCGGUCAGAUACGCGCCGCCCACCGUGACCGAUAUCUCGUCCAAUACGCAACCCAUGCAAAGUAGGAGUCGAGCCAAUACGGGUCCGUCAUACCACAGCCAAUCUCAGCAGCCGUCUCCGAUCUCUUCUCCGCAGCAAUACCAACAGCAACAAGAACAAGCCAUGAAGGCAGCACAACAAGCGCUCAAACAACAGACUCUGGAGCGUUCGCAAUCGCAGCGUCACCCCACAAACAAUGGCCUGCACCAGCAGCAGCAACAACACUCACAGCUAGCUGCGCCUUCCGACUCCCGACAAGUGCCCCAUCCCGCCGCCGUGGACCCAAGGGUCGGACCUGCUCCUCGGCCGCGGCAGCGACCACGACAGUCCAUCACGAACGCAGAAGUGCUCAGCAAGUUGCAGCAAAUCUGCAAUGCGGCAGAUCCCACCAAAAGAUACCGCAAUCUGAUCAAAAUAGGUCAGGGAGCUUCUGGUGGCGUCUACACCGCGUUCGAGGUCGGCACCAAUAAAUGCGUCGCGAUCAAACAGAUGAACUUGGAACAACAGCCCAAAAAGGAUCUGAUCAUUAACGAAAUUCUGGUCAUGAAGGACAGCAAGCACAAGAAUAUCGUGAACUUCAUGGACAGCUUUCUGGUCAAAGGCGACCUCUGGGUUGUGAUGGAAUACAUGGAGGGAGGCAGUCUGACUGAUGUGGUGACGUUCAACAUGAUGUCGGAAGGCCAGAUCUCGGCUGUGUGCCGCGAGACGCUGCACGGUCUGCAAUUCCUGCACUCGAAAGGCGUGAUUCACCGUGAUAUCAAGUCCGACAACAUUUUGCUGUCACUGGAGGGCAGCAUCAAACUCACAGAUUUUGGUUUUUGCGCACAGAUUAACGAAUCGCACAUGAAGCGAACAACGAUGGUCGGCACCCCUUACUGGAUGGCGCCUGAAGUCGUGACAAGAAAAGAGUACGGCCGCAAGAUCGAUAUAUGGUCGCUGGGCAUCAUGGCCAUUGAAAUGAUCGAGGGCGAGCCCCCGUAUUUGACGGAAUCGCCACUGCGCGCUCUGUAUCUCAUCGCCACCAAUGGCACGCCCACCAUCAAGGAGGAGCACAACCUUACCCCCGUCUUCCGUGAUUUCCUGCAGUUUGCGCUCAAGGUCGAUCCCGAGAAGAGAGCGUCGGCGCAUGAUUUGCUCAAGCAUGCGUUCAUCCAGACAGCUGAACCUUUGGCAACACUAGCACCGCUGGUCAAGGCUGCCAGGCUCGCCCGAGCAGAGGAGCGAAAGAACAAGGGAGGCUGAGCGAGCGACCAUCAGCGGAACUAUCGGAUAUGUGACGACUCGCACAUACGAGUCGCCUACCACCAGGACACAGGGAUUCUUAUUUUCUUUCGCGCAUCAUGGGUACGAGCACUGGCCAUUCACACGCGUGUACAGUACAAAGGCAUUCUGGAUGCAAGGCGUCGCCCAGGGAGCGGGCGGAUCGUUUUCAUACCACAAAUGCGGCCUCACGAACGGUACUCGAGGAGGUUAGGUGGCCGUACGGCGUCCGGCAGCAACAAGGCGUUUCCGUGAGAGUGCGGGCGAUAGAGGCAAGGGAGGAUUACGGCGGCAUGGGGCAGCGAGUGUGCCGACGACAGGAGGGCUCCAGAAGAAAAAAAGACUUGGGUACUGGUAUAUCUAGGCAUCACUUCAGCCCGCCCAAAUGGAUGUAGCGUGAGGCUCUGGUGCACGCUCAUGUGCACCAAUGGCUGGACCACAAUAACAACGAGGUCCCUCCAUUUAUGAUUCUCCUUUUCCUU